AGGUCAACACUUUAUGUCACCUCCAUGAGGGGUAUUUUUCAGUGUUGGCGCGACCGGCUUGAACCCCUUGCCAGGGCCAUAGGGCAAUCGACCAUCUAAAAUCUGACAUUUGUCGUCCCUUCAGCUCGCAAAAAUGGAUGUUGGAAAACUCGUUGAAGUGCUUAGAGCAACUUUAGAUCCCAAUCAACGCGAACAAGCUGAGGAACAGCUUCAUGAGGUCCACAAGAUUAUUGGGUUUACACCCAUCCUCCUGCAAGUGGUCAUGUCCGAACAGCUGGACAUGCCCGUCAGACAGGCAGGUGUUGUCUACCUGAAGAACACAGUCACUCAGUUCUGGCAGGACAGAGAAGUGGAAAACCCAAGUGACCCUGUUCCCUUCAACAUCCAUGAACAGGACCGCCAGACAAUCCGUGAAAAUGUUGUGGAGGCAAUCAUACAAGCCCCAGAGCCUGUUCGUGUUCAGCUGUGCGUCGCUCUCAGCCACAUCAUUAAGUAUGAUUACCCUGGGCGAUGGCCAACCCUGGUAGAGAAGAUUGCCAUGUACAUGCAGGCCGACAACCAUGGUGCCUGGAUGGGUGCAUUCAUGUCCCUUUACCAACUGGUCAAAGUUUUUGAGUACAAGAGGCCAGACGAACGCAAGGUUUUACAUGACUCCAUGCAGGUGAUGCUGCCUAUGGUAUACCAACGAUGUCAGGAGAUGCUUCCUGACCAGUCAGAGCAUGCUGUAUUGCUGCAGAAACAAAUCCUUAAGAUUUAUUAUGCAUUCAUACAGAAUUACCUGCCCCAAGAGGUUAUUUCAAAGGACGUAUUCACACAGUGGAUGGAGCUGAUCAGACAGAUAGUCGACCGACCCGUACCAGAGCAGACCAAUCAGAUAGAGGAGGAGGAGAGAGCAGAGUUGGCCUGGUGGAAGGUCAAGAAAUGGGCUGUUCAUAUCCUCACCAGGAUCUUUGAGAGAUACGGCAGUCCAGGAACAGUAACCAAAGAAUACUCAGCUUUUGCCGAGUGGUAUCUCAAGGCCUUCUCAGGAGGGAUAGUGCAGGUUCUACUCAAGGUACUGGAUCAGUAUCGGCAGAAACUGUAUGUGGCACCCAGGGUCCUACAGCAAACCAUCAACUACCUGAAUCAAGGGGUCAGUCAUGCGUUUUCCUGGAAGUUUAUCAAACCACACUUUCAGAGUAUCAUCCAGGAGGUUAUCUUCCCUUUGAUGUGUCACAGCGAUGAAGAUGAGGAAUUGUGGAACACCGACCCUCAGGAGUACAUACGCAUCAAAUAUGAUGUUUUCGAAGACUUCCUGUCACCAGUCAUUGCUGCUCAGACCUUAUUUUACUCUGCUGCGUCUAAGAGGAAGGAGGUCCUGCAGAAGGCCAUGGGGUUCUGUAUGCAGGUGCUCACACAACCCAGUGUAGAACCACGCCAGAAGGAUGGUGCUCUCCAUAUGAUUGGAGCUGUGGCAGAGAUUCUACUCAAGAGGAAGAUAUACAAGGACCAAGCAGAGAUGAUGCUCACAACCCAUGUUUUCCCAGAAUUCACCAGUGAACAUGGCUUCCUGAGAGCCAGAGGUUGCUGGGUGCUGAAACAUUUCUGUGAGCUGAAAUUUCGAAAUGAUGCCAACCUUCUCCAAGCCCUAGAACUGACCCAGAAAUGUUUAUGUACGGACAAAGAACUGCCAGUACGUGUCGAGGCAGCCAUAGCCAUGCAGAUGUUAAUCACAGAACAAGAGAAAGCUAAACAAUAUGUACAACCGCAUGUCAAGCCAGUUAUAUUAGAACUCCUUAAGUUAAUCAGAGAGACAGAAAGUGAUGAACUGACAAGUGUGAUGCAGAGAUUGGUGUGCACAUAUACUGAUGAUGUCAUUCCCAUCGCUGUGGAGAUGAUGACGCAUCUUGCCCAGACAUUUGCCCAGGUGAUAGAUGCUGACAUCGAGGGGUCCGAGGAGAAGGCCAUUGCUGCUCUAGGUAUUCUGAACACUAUGGAGACUAUUCUCACUGUGAUGGAGGACCAAAAAGAGAUUAUGACCCAGCUUGAAGGAAUUGUUUUAACUGUGAUAGGUGUAAUUUUACAGAAAAAUAUUUUGGAUUUUUAUGAAGAGGUGCUUUCAUUGAUAUACAGUCUCACGAGUACACAGGUGUCUCACCACUUAUGGCAGGUCUUUAGAAUGUUGUACGAAAUGUUUCAGAAGGAUGGCAUUGACUAUUUUACUGACAUGAUGCCGGCAUUACACAACUAUAUAACUGUGGACACCCCUGCCUUCCUGUCUAACCCAGAAAACAUACAGAUUAUAUACAACAUGUGCAAAGCUGUGAUGUCUGCUGAUAUUGGAGAGGAUGCCGAGUGUCACGCAGCCAAGCUGCUCGAGGUUGUUUUACUACAGUGUCCUGGACAAGUUGACCUGGUUGUACCCUCGUUUGUGGAGCUAGCGUUACAGCGGUUGACACGGGAGGUGUUGACGUCGGAGUUAAGGACAAUGUGUUUACAGGUUGUGAUAGCAGCUAUGUACUAUAACCAGCCCCUACUACUCGAUACAUUGGGAAAACUACAGAUACAAAACAUCACUGGUUCUAUAAUGCAACAGUUCUUAAAACAAUGGCUGCACGAUGUCGACUGUUUCUUGGGGCUGCAUGACCGGAAAAUCAGUGCUCUGGGUCUGUGUGCACUCGUCAGCAUGGUGACCAAUCGCCCUAACGAUGUGAGCCAGGUUGGAGCCCAGAUCAUUCCAGCUCUUCUUGUUCUGUUUCAGGGCUUGAAACGUGCCUACGCAAGUAAAGCUCAGGAGGAAAACGACGAUUCUGAUGAUGACGAUGAGGACGAAGAGGAGGAGGCAGAUGUCACAGAUGAGCUUGCCAGUGAUGAGGAUGAGAUUGAUGAAGAAAGUGCUCAGUAUAUCGAAAAACUACAGGCUUCUACUACCAAGGAUGACGACAGUGAUGCUGAGUACACAGACGAUGGUACAGAAGAAACAGCAUUGGAGAGUUAUCAAACACCCUUGGACGAUGAAAAUUCCACUGUCGAUGAAUAUCUUGUGUUUCAAAAUAUACUGCAAACUAUACAAACAAGUGACCCAGAGUGGUACAUUGUGCUCACCGGACAGCUGACUGAGGCACAGAGUAAAGAGGUGGAGGAUGUCUUCAAACUCGCUGAGCAACGUCGAGCUGCGGCUGAAUCAAAGAAAAUAGAAGAACGAGGAGGUUAUGUAUUCCAAAAUAUGGCAGUUCCACAGAACUUUCAAUUCGGCGCAAAUUAAACAGUGACAAUUUUUGUAUAGGUUUUAUGAACAAGACACACGGAUGGUCAGAGGGUGCAACUGGCCACUCCCCUAGUUACCCCACCCCCUCAUGUGAUCCUUGCUCGCAGUCGCAGUCAUGCAGAUUCCUGAUGGUGUAACAUGACUUGGAUUACAAAUAAAGCGGACACUACAUGAUGCAGAUCACCUUUGUUAAAGUUCAACAAGAAGAGCUCUUACAUGCAACAACAACAAUGUGACAUAUGGUGUAUAGGAACGUUCCUUUACUACAUAGAGUGUUAAUGUGGAGAUAUAAAAGAAAUCUCAAGACAUGUUUUGUCAAAUCACUUUGUGAUAUUUAACAAUUUCACUGAUGUCAAGUUACGUAGGUCACUUGAAUUAGUGAUCAGGACGAGUGAUAGCCACACAAAGACAUGAAGUGGCAAUGUAAACUCAAGUUGAUUGUCAUCAAGGCAGCUUUCUGCAGUUCUGCUUGUUUCAGCCCCACAGUCCACCCUGUUUUGUCAAAUACCUGCAUGUGGCUAUGCUUGGCAGUAUUUCUCCAUUGGAAAUGAAUACUUGUUAACAGUUUAAGAUUAAUUCUGGAUCAAGGCUAUUGAUCAAGGGAAAAGGUUGGGUUUCUCAUCAUUACAGUAAAUGGGAAAAUGAUAAUUAUUUUUAAUUACUUAAUUUUCAUUGUGAUCUGAUUUAAGAUCACCAAAACCUGUGUCAAUGUUUUCCUCCUUGGAACACAAUGGAGAGCUCACCCUAACCAAUCACAGCAGACGGAAUGCUGUGGAUUCUGGGUGUAUCAAUGAAAACCACCUACACUUGCAGUACUGAAACCUCUCGGAGGUCCACACUAGAGCAAGGAAAAGACUUGUAUGGUGACGACAAGUCUUAUGGUUUUGCACAAACUUACACAAUACUUAAUACAAACUGAGUGUUACCAACAUGUUUGGUAGUAUUCCAGACAGAGUUGAUGUCGGUGAUGUCAUUCUGGCUAGUCGUUAUACCAAGGUCCAUUCCUUUGUCCAUUGGUGUAUUUGUAUAGUAAAUAAAAAAUAGAUCACUUAGCAUAUGCACAUAUUUAUGAAGUCAUGUUUAUAUGUUUUCCAUGCUCACAAACUUAAUAUUCAAUCAUGGGAUAAGGUAACAGUUUCUUUAGUGUUUGUGCGUGUAGGGGUUGGAAUUAUAGCCAGUAACUUAUAGAGUUUAUGCCAACAUCAGAAAUUUUUGUGAGGAAUGUCACUUUGUAAAGCAUCCAAGAAAUGAAAUCCCUUUUAUUUAGCACAGAUUUUAAUAUUGUUAUAUUUUUUUUCCAAAUAAUUAUUUUGAAUUCUCAACUCACAAAAAUUUCUGAUACAGUGUGAAUUUGCACUAAUCAUCAUUAUACAUUUUGUAUAAGAAUUAUUGUUUAGGAGUUUUCCAUCCUUUCAAGUCAUUGCUAUUAUGGUUAAUAUUAAACUAAUACAGUCUAAGUAGCAGUUCACUCACUCCCCAGUGUGCACAGGAUUGAUUUCUGAUUCGGGUCAUUAGAACUUUUUAUCAAAUUAUUGAAUGUUUGCCAUAAACCAACUGUCAGACUAGAAAAAAAAGUUGCUAUUUUUUUUAUAUAUAUUUCAAACUAAUUUUGGUGUAGUAUUAAAUUAUUUGUAUCCAGCAGUACAUCAUAAGCAAUACAAAAGUAAGAGUUAAAUAUGCAAUAUAGUGACUUUUAGUAGAAUUAUUUCUAUGUUAUUAUAAAAUUCUUUUAUAAAGAUUGUAAAAUAUUUCACCUGCUUGAAUACCUAUUAACUUCAAUUUCAUUCAGUCAGAAAAUGGCAAACGAGUCCAUUUGUAGACCUUAUUUUCUUUCAGAUAAUUCAUUAGUUUUUGAAACAGAAUUAUUGGAUGGAAAGCUCCACAUGUGUUAUAAAGGUACUGGUGCAAUAUACUUUUGUAGACGUUAUAACACCUGAAAUCUUUCCCCAUCUGCUUUUAGAGGUACUUCCAUUUCUGUGUUUGUGUUUUUCAUAUGUAAACAACAACUCGUAGCUAGUGAUGUGUGUCGCAUAGGUAUACAGAACAAACACAAUACAUACACGUAAAUACUGCAAAACAUUGUUAGUGUUCUAAUCUAGAAAUAAUAAUUAAUAGCUCAAAAUAUUUUCAAUCUAACUAAAUCAGAUGAUCAUUCUCGAGAUAUUUUUCUGACAACUGACUUUUCCAUUGAUUCUCACAUGAAAAAGUUCUAUUGAUAGUAGAAUUUCUGACUUGCGUACUUAAAAUGCAGAUACUGCAUCUACAAAUUAAACGAAAAAGAAAAUGGGAAUAUGUGGGAUUUGUGUGAUCAGUGGAUCAAAAUGUGUGCCAUAUCACCUGGAGACUUUCUAAUUCUCCCAUAUUUCAAAAUCAGUUUGAAUAUGUCCAGAACAGUAAUAAAGCAGACUGUUAAUUACAAAGCGAUUAUUUAAAAUAAGACAACGGCAUUGUACAAAGUCUACAACACUUUGUACAAUUCAAUACAGCCCGAAAUGUUCCUUGUUUCAAAGAGAUAUAGCUACAUUAUUUAAUGCUCAUCUUGACGCACUACUAGGUUAUGUACAUGUACAGCUAAAGCUAAAAAUUAAUAUUCCCAGUAAAUUUGCCCGAUGAAAGUGCCAACAUGUUUCCUUGUGCACUAAAACAUGAGUGUGCUAGUGUAGGUACAUUUACAAUGGAAUGAAAUGUGGCCUGGUACAUGUACCUUAAAAGUUGUUAAAUUGAUUUCUUGUUGCUGUAAUUUUGUUUUGUUACUAGUUGUAAAUAAUGUGUUUUGGUUCGCAAAAUGUUUCCGGGUGAUGUAGCUGUAGACAUUCUGUUGGUGUGCUAAUGGAAUGAAAACACUCAUCCACUUUUUUAACAUAUUGAGAUUAUGUCUUGAAUCAAUCUUCAGAUCAAAGGUGCUGUAUUGUAGUAGGACGAGGAAUAGUGUUAAAGAUAGUGGCGUCGCUGGGCCUGGAACCCGCGACCAUUGGCUCUCCAGCCCGAUGCUCUGUCGCUGAGCUAAAGGGAAAUUCCCUACAGCUGACACUUGUAACGCAAUCUAAUUAUUCCACAUCUUUUACAGUAUAAGUGAGAAAAAAACAAUUUCUAAGUCAAUAAUAAUAGAGAAAUGUAUAUGAUAUACAGUUGUCUUUAAUGUUGACUUCCUUAAAUGUGGGAGGGGGCUCAGGAUAUUGAUUACAGCAGUCCUAUUUGUACAUGUAUUGAUUAAUAGUACACAGUACAGGUUAAAUUAACAACAAUGUAGGAGAUACUAUUCCCUUGUCACAUCUAUGUGAGCUUUUCAGCUAUUUUUAUGUUUUUAUGAAACCAAAGUGUCGUGAUUAAAAUGUGUUCCUCUAUAACAAAAUUUUGUUUACAGUUUAGUUCAAACAUGAAUAAUUUUUAAAAGAACACGAAAAAAUAUAUUAAGAUCGUUACAUCACAAUUUAUUGAAAUGGUACAUGUACACUAUUAUAUAUUGUACAAUCUGAAAAGUGAACACUAGCACACACUUUCAGAAACAACAGUAUCCCACAUCAUGUCAUAUAUAUAGAACUGUAUUUUGCCUGUGAUAAGUCUGAAUCCACAUCCCUUGUUGACACAUUUUGUACUCUUAGUUAUCUUUAUUUUGGGCAAGAUGUUAGACUUUCUCCUUAGUGGUCAAAUAUCAUAUUAAAGUACAUAAAUUGUUCUGAAGAAAAAACAUUAAAUUCAAUGAAAAAUGAAAUGCCAAAAAUAAGUGAAGUACAUUUAUACUAUUUAAAUACAAAGAUUUGUUAUGAUAGAAACAAGACAUAAGGGCUUGUCACAGAUCAGUUCUAGUAUACAGACCUACAAAUAACAUCUAAUGCAUAAGAACAUAUGUUUACCAAAGCUUUUUGGGGAAAUCUAGACAAUAUAACAUGUAAGGAAAUGUUGCUACCUAGGAUUUACAAACCAACUUAGAGCUGUUUUGCUUGUUUUACUUGUACUUGCAGUAUGUUCCUCCGACACCAAAUAAUACAGAAUUGCUUUCUUUGAAUAUGUAUUUUCAGGUUAAAAGUUUCCAUUAUUUUGUUUAUUUUAUUCUUGAAUUUAAAUGCAUUAAUUGUAAGCGUUUCGAGAGAGAACUUUGUAUGAAAAGAGCAUGAAAGAAAAAAGAGUACAAACAUCAAAUCAGGAUCUUUUUACAUAACUGAUUUCCACUAAUUUUCCCGAGAAUUUUCAAAACAUUUAUUGCAUGAAUUAGUUUGGCUAUGUGUGCAUAAUGUGUGUUAUUGAUGUAGAUAACUUCCAUGUCUAUUAUUUUUCAAUACAGAUAUUUAAAAAGAUGUCCCUACCUAUAAAUGAACAAUGAAACAAGUUCAAAUUUAAAGUUGUUGCUGACUAAAAAGAUUGACAUUAAAUAAAUACUUGUGUGAUAAGACAAUGUAUAUGGGGUUUGUGCAAAAGCUUGAGAUAUAAAUAAAAGGAAUAAUUUGGGAAAGCCCAAUAAACAAAUAAAUUACCACUGUAUGUCACUUUCAAUUUGGAAUGGCAUUGAAAUAAAAACCCGCUGCAAAUUAUUAUAAGUUGUUUUGUAUUGAUGUUGGGUUACAGAGAUGUUGAUACCAUGCCCUAAUGAUAAGCUUGUUCCAUUGUACAUUACAAUAAAAAUAUCCCUGUAAAAACAGCU